AUGACUUCUGACAGCGACUCGUCGGGAGAUGACGAGAAGGAGGCCAAAGAGGAGUCUGCUCCGAAGACGGCACCGCCUCCAAAAGCGCGGCCAAUUCGAAAUCUGCCGCCACCAAAAGGCGAGCGUCCUGCGAAGAGGAUCAAGGCGGAGCCCUCCGAUGAGCCAGAGCACGUUGGCGGGCUCGGCCCUGGCCCUGUCACUCCGCCUCCCCCGCCGGGUGGGCUGCCACAAAAGGUGCCGGAAGUGAAGGCGAUGCCGCGGCCUCCGGCGUCCACGCCCAUGGCGAAGCCGGUGAGCCACGAUGCACCCGAGGUGACGAAGGAGGAAGAGGAAGAGGAGCCUUCACCGGCUCAAAGUUGGCCCGACAAGAGUUGGUCUGAGCACCGAGACCGGGAAUGGGAAGGCUGGGAAGGCUGGGAAGGCGGAUGGAGAGGCUACGACUGGAGCUCCCGCAGCAGCAGCAGCUGGGAGAAUAACAGGUGGACCAGAUCCAAAGAGUCCGAGCCAACUCCACCGCCAGCCUGGCGGACGAAGAAGACUCAAUCCAGACGUCCGGCGGUUCCUACAAAUCCUCCGAAGGCCAAAGAAAAGUACUCGCCACCACCACAGCUGCCACAGCAACGCCCAGCGGCGAAAGGAGGUGGAAAGAAUCCUGGAAAGACCUUCCAGACGGCAAUUCAUUGGCUGCGCCAGGGGACGAAGCCCCCAGCCGCGAAGGCGCCAGCCGCGGGGGCCAGCACUGUGCACCCCGGACCGGUGACGGUUCGCUCCAGUUGGCCACAGGAGGCCCAGCGUCUUCGAAGUAUCUCGAUCGAGAUAACGAGCAUGCUGAAUGAGCCGAAGAAGAUGAGGCUCUCACAGAUCGCCCGGGAUCUCUUGGCAACUGCAGACCGCCUGGAUCCUGUGGCCGUCGUGGGUGCUGUGGUGGGCAUUCGGGCCUUCGAGUCCCUCGGGCGCGAGCACACCAUCCAGGUGCAGCUUCCCAGCCACUUGAACCGGAUGGUGCAGGUGAUGCCAAAUUACAACCUCUGGCCAGAGAACUGGGAACAGGCGAUGUACGCUCUUCCCAUCUUCGGGGUCUCCUUCUUGUGUCACUUCAACGCACUGCCGACGCAUCAAGAGCUGGAACGGCCGACGCGCUAUCGCAUGAGAAGGGUGAUCUUGGUGACGCUCACAUUGACGUCGUUGAUCUACCUCUUCGUGAGCAUCUGCGGCUACCUUUUUGCUGGCUGCUUCACCUGCGGCAACGUCCUGCUGAACUUCCCAUCUGAUGACAACCUCAUCAACGUCGCGCGAGUGGCGUUGGGAAUGGUGUUGAUGCUGAACUUCCCCCUCAUCUGCCAGCCUUGCCGGAACGCGCUCUUCCGGCUCCUGAACGGCUCUGGCUGCGUCAAGGCUGCGGAGGUGCCGCUGACAGAGUCCCUGGAUGGCGCCCGGGAGAAUAGCUCCGGCUCCUUUAGCCUGGAGAUCGUGUCGACUUCCACGAACGACCUCACCAGCGACUCACAGGUGGGACGGCUGCCGCGUGUCGCCGACCCGACACCUUCCAGGCAGCGGUCUUCCUCCCCUUCGCGGCCGUCAUCUACACCUUCGUCCCCACCGGAGGCAUGCGUGCACGUCUACCGUCGCCAGGACACCCGGGGAGGUCGAGGUCAGAGCUCUGCAAGGAACGCCCCCGACGUGCACGUCUUCGACACCUUCCAUCCCAAGGAAGAGGCCAUGCGGCAGGGGGCCCUCGAGCCUACGAACUGCCAAAGAAUAGUGUUAACAUCCCUCCUUCUGGGCACUUCGUUGCUGGUGAGCUGUGUCAUGAAGAGCAUCAUGGUCGUUUGGUCCGUGAUUGGCAGUACGGUAAGUUUCCUCAUAGCUUUCAUCCUGCCGGCGCUCUUUUGGUACAAGGUGGUUGGACCAACGGUGCGCCCCUGGCGCCGUGGCGCUGCACUGGGGCUCAUUGCCCUGUGCUGCGUGCUGUCCGCAAUCUGCUUCGUCCUGGCCUGCACCGCACUGAGCUCUUGGAACUCAGCUGAGAAUUGA